AUGUAUCAACUGCUCGACGAUGCUUGUCAACGGCUAGCUACAUUCAAUUUUGACAUUCCAGUGGUUCGACUUAAAGAGGCCAUGUUGCCUCACACACUAACUGUCGUCGUUCGCCCGAUACCACCAAUUUUUAGUGGUCGAGUAGUGAUUGCCGGGCACUUGCAUAUUGCACGACUCGAGUCAGACUCGAUGAAUUUUGAACAAACAGAACGUGAAGCUGUCGAUUUGAUGUUACAAAACUGCAUAUCUUACAGGCAAAAUCCCCAAUCCGUAUUUCUAUUGAAAUUAUCCAGAGGAAUUGAACAGUAUGAACUCAUGAUUAACACAGAAAUUGAAGUUGAUCUGCCUGAAUUACCGAAUCGCACUCCAGUCGCGAUUCGAUGUGCACGUUGCGGAAAUGAAAUCGAUCGUCAUGAUCCUCACUCAAGAUUACACUCUUGUGGUCAUAUAUUCCACGAUCGAUGCUUACAGGAACAUUUGAAUCCAUUCGAGAGAAAACAUCGUCGUUAUACGUGUCCUCACUGUCAUACGCUCUUCGCUCUCAUUCCUCACUCAGAUCCUCAAGAUGAAUGUGCUGUAUGCAGAGAACCAUUAGGAGACGAGAGUGAACGAACAGUGACACUGUGCAAUCACGCAUUUCACCGCCAAUGUCUUAUUCGCUGGUGUACAAUGAGUCCGCCUGGAAGCUGUCCCUCAUGUCGUGAUCGAAAAAAUCACCGUUUUUCAUAUUGCAUAUUUACUCCUGGUUCGAUUAGCAAGCCUAAAGGUAUAUUGAUUAAACAUAAAAGUGUUCAAAAUCAAAUUCAGGCUUUAAAUCAUGUUAAUUGGGUAAAUAUGAAUAAUACAAUGAUACACAUAGCACCAUGUUCUUCUGAUACGCAUUUAUCAAAAAUUUAUGGUUGUUUUUAUUAUGGUGCACAAUUAAUUUGUUUACAUCCACAAGAUCUACUUGAUUUAGAUUAUUUAUCAACAACAAUUCAGAAUCAUCAAGUAUCACAUAUCGAUGUUGUACCCCAAUAUGCUAGUUCAUUAUAUCGAUUUUGGGAACAAAAAGAAAAAUUUAAAGAUCAUCAAUUUCAUAAAUACGAUCAUUUUCACUUGCAGGUGACACAAUGA